GACUGUGAAAUAUUGUGUCUGUUUCUUGGCAAAUCGGUCAAUUUCUCGGCAAAUAUAUUAAUUUUAAAAAUAUCUCCUCUGUGCUUUAGCGUCAAAAUUAAAGAUGUUUUUGGCUUUAUAUGUCGUGCAUUUUCACUAAUUACGUCUUUUCCGCUCUUCAGCAUACGAAUGGCAACAAACGGUCAUUCAGGCUACCCACUGAAGUGGUUUAAAGAGCAGAAUGCAGCGAGGAGUUCCUUCGAAUGUGUCAUAUGUCUGGAGGUUUUGAAAGAUGCCGUGCAAGUUGAGGAUUGUGGACACCAAUUUUGCGCACAAUGUAUUGAGGAUAUUUUAAAAAGUGAUCCUCGUUGUCCAUCGUGCAGAAUUAGAAUAUCGAAAGAAAAUGUGUUUAAAGAUCAUGCAGCAAGAAGAUUGAUCAAAAAGUUGGAUGUACACUGCUGUAAUGAUGGGUGUAGUUGGAUUGGAAGUUUAGGUUCCCUUCUUGAGGCUCACAUGAAUAGCUGCAAGUUUCUAGUUGGCAACAAAAAUAAUGCCAAUCAAUCAGAUGCUAUAGCUGAGCUUCAAGCAAGAUUUGAAAGUCUUGUGUUGAAAGUUUCAUCAUUAGAAAAAGUGUAUGACGAUGAAAUCAGCGCGAUGAAAGCAAAGCACGAAACUGACUUGAACAAACUCAAGAGUGAACACGAUGAAGAAGUUAAGGAACUUAAGGAUCAAAUCUUAUUUUUCGGGAGAUACACUUCGCUACCAGCGACCUCAGGGCAGUCACUAGAACAGCUCAGGCAAAACCUAACGGUAUCGAUAGCUUUAACGAUACCGAAUUUUACACACAAGUUAAAUCAAGCUCGAUCGAGUAACCAGUACGGUGAAAUUCAUGGUGAUCCAUUUAACAAUUAUCAUGGAUACAGAAUGAAGAUUGCAGUUCACCUCAAUGAAGCCCCCUGUGGCAGCACGGGAUAUAUGGGGGUAUACUUGCACUUAUUGCAAGGGGAUAAUGACGACAAGUUAGAAUGGCCAUUUAACAAAAGAGUUACAUUUAUUGUUGUUGAUCAGCAAAAUAAUGAAGCUCCCGUUCACAAUCACGAGAAGGAUCUACAUCCAGAGGGAGAAGAAGAAUUUGAAAAACCGAUGUUUGGAAGGAGUAAUCAGGGUCUUGGUUUUCCACAGUUCGUGUUACACUCCACUCUGCGCAAACGACAGUAUGUAAGGAACCAUACCCUAUACAUCGCAGUGUCAAUACAGCCUUGAUGCUUUCGAAGUGAAUGUACCGUAUGUUUUGGAUAUAUUGAGACUUCAUAAACGUUCUGUCACUAAACAUUUGGUGGCGGUAGAGACGUGCAUAGUUUAUAAAUAUUCGCGCUAAGGGCUUUGAUACACACACGGAAAUGUUGGAAAAAGGGAAACACUCGUUAUGUUUCAUGCCGAAUGUAGCAAUUUAUAUACAAACUCGUUGUUCACUUUCAGAUAGAUGAAAGCUCGUUGUUGUUAGACUUUCACAACACACUUAGUUUAUGUAUACUUAUGCAAUGAGUGCACUGUCCUGUAUGUUCUUCAUGGCAAAUAUAGUCAACUUUCAGUUGAGAUAAAAUUUCAAGUUGUAGUUGCAAAAGCAAGUCGAUCAAAGCCUUGUUAGAUUUCAAAACGAAGAUCAAAGAUUUGUUAUAGAUUUUAAAAAGUGUGACUUCAAAGCUAGAUCUCAAAAGCUAGAUCAAAGCUUAGUUAUAUAGAUAUAAAAAACAUCGUCUGAUAAUCAUAUAAUGAUAA